AUGACCAGUACCAACCCCAGAGCCGGCUGGGAGAAAAUCGGCACUGAAUUCUACCGCAAGAUAUCUCUCUACACAUCCAUCUUCGACCCCGACCUCGAUCUUUCAGAAUAUGUCGUCUCGGGUGCGCCCUUUUCUGGUGCUCUAGCACUCUACCGCGACACUACGAAAAUCACGCGCUAUCGUAGUAAUGUCGCAAAUAAAUCCAGUAUUGAUGUUUACAGCUGUGCGGGUAAGCUGAUUAGUAGGAUUAACUGGGAAAAAGGCACGAUCAAAGGACUGGGAUGGAGUGAGGAUGAGCGCUUACUGGUUGUCAGCGAAGAUGGGACAUUCCAUGUCUAUUCGGGCCUUCAUGGGGACUUUGCACCUUUCAGCUUGGGUCAUGGAGCGGAAGAGUAUGGUGUGCAUAGUGUACGAUUCUGGAGCCAUGGAUUCGUGGCGCUAUUGAAGAACAAUGCUCUCGUUGCAGUCAGCUCGUUCGACGAGCCACGACCUAGAGCUCUCGCUGCCGUACCCGAGGGCGAGGUUCAUGCCUGGAGCCUGAUACCACCAGCCUACACCAUGAGCCGAUCUGUGGAAGUGCUGCUCGCCAUGCAACAAACGAUCUUCGUGGUCGACGUAAGCGAGACCGAGGAUCGAGGCUUGACCGACGGCCCUUUUAAACAUGUCAGCGUCUCACCCAAUGGACGAUUUGCAGCACUCUAUACAGAAGAUGGACGAGUCUGGGUCGUCGGAAGCGAUUUUCAAAAUAAAUACAGUGAAUACGACUCGAAAGCCAAGACAACCCCGAAACACAUCUACUGGUGCGGGAACGACUCAGUCGUCCUAGCUUGGGAAGACGAGAUACACAUGGUCGGCCCCAACGGUGCAGCUGCGAAGUACUACUACGACGAUAUUGUGCAUGUCCUGCCUGACAUCGAUGGCAUCCGACUACUGACUUCCGAAACCUGCGAGUUCCUGCAGAAAGUGCCCGAUGAGUCCGAAGAGGUAUUCAAGCUGGGCGCGACAUCACCUUCGCCAGUCUUGUAUGAUUCUAUCGAAUUGCUUGAGAAGAAAUCACCCAAAGCGGAUGAGAACAUUCAGCGAAUCAAGAGCAGUUUACCAGAGGCAGUGGAAACGUGUAUUCGAGCAGCCGGGCAAGAGUUUGACCAUGCAUUACAAAAACAAUUACUACGAGCAGCUUCCUUUGGCAAAUCAGUCAUCGAAUUGUACAGCAGUGAUGAGUUCGUGGAGAUGUGUGAGACAUUACGAGUGCUUAAUGCCGUUAGAGAUCACACAAUCGGUUUACCACUGACACUGACGCAGUACAAUCAGCUAAGACCAGACAGACUGAUUGCGCGAUUAAUAUACAGGAGAGAAUAUCUACUUGCGAUAAAGCUGGCGGAGUUUUUGAGAUUGCCCUUGAACAAGAUCUACGUACACUGGGCGAGUCAGAAGGUCAAAGCAGCGAGUGGAGAUGACGAGAGUAUUCGAGACGUAGUGGUCGAACGUCUUAAGGGGAAGUCAGACAUCUCUUUCGAAGCUAUUGCUCGAGCAGCAUACGAUGAGGGCCGAGGCAAUCUCGCAACGUCACUACUCAAUCACGAGCCUCGAGCAGGCAAGCAAGUCCCGUUGCUACUCGCUAUGGAAGAGGACGAAGUGGCGGUUGACAAAGCUGUUGAAUCUGGUGAUCCAGAUCUCAUUAUGUUCGUGCUAUUACACCUGAAGCAGAAGAUGCCGAUAGCAACCUUCUUCCGCUUGGUGGCUAGCAGAGCACAAGCCGCACAGCUUAUUGAGCAAUCGGCACAUUCACAGGACAAGGAGCUGCUCAAGGAUAUGUAUUACCAGGAUGAUCGACCAGUGGACGGCUCAGACCUACUGUUGGAAGAGGCAAUGGACCAACCACAGACUCAAGCUGUGGUGGACAAGUUGAAAUUGGCCAGUCGACUUCUGACCGAUGCUAAGGACCCGAAUGCUGUGAUGCACACAAAGUCUUUGGCAGAAGCGACAGUAUUGCUCAAGAUGCAGGAAUCGUUCGACAAGGACAUUACCGAUAACAGCGGAAGUUAUGUUGGACUGAGUGUGAAUGAGACAAUGUUCCAACUGAUAAGGUCCGGAUAUAGCAAACGAGCUGACAGGGUUCGGAGUGAAUUCAAGGUUCCUGAGAAGACGUGGUGGUGGGUUCGUCUACGAGCUCUUGUAGCAGCACGGUUGUGGGGUGAUGUCGAAGAAAUUGGCAAGAACCGAAAGUCGCCAAUUGGAUGGGAGCCUUUCUACAAUGAGGUUCUCUCUGCGGGCAAUACUCGACUCGCCUCAUCGUUCGUUCCCAAGUGCACUACAUUGAAGCCAGCAGAGCGUGUAGAGAUGUGGGUGAAGUGCGGUAUGGUUAGUAAAGCUGGAGAAGAAGCACUGAAGGCAAAGGAUAUGAACACCCUUCAGCAGCUUCGAGACAAGGCGAGUGGACCUCAAUUGACAGAAGUUGAACGGAUGAUCACACAAUUGCGACCACGAAGGUAG